AUGCCAGUUUCUCGUUUUCGGCAAGUGGAAAAUGGUGAAACUUCAGAUUUUGGACUGAAUGGAGAAGGGGUGUUAUGUUUUCGUGGAAGAGUGUGUAUACCGAAUGAUUCUGGUCUGAAGCAGUCUAUUCUGCGAGAGGCGCAUGGGAGCCCUUAUGUCAUCCAUCCUGGGGGAAUAAGCUAUACCGAGAUCUUUGUUAAGGCUGAGCGUCAAUUACCCUCUAGAUUACUGCAGCAAGUUAAGAUUCCACUCUGGAUGUGGAAAAGGGUAACCAUGGAUUUUAAGUUGGCCAAGUUGUAUAUGGCUGAAAUUGUAAGAUUGCAUGGUGUACCAGCUUCUAUCAUAUCUAACAGAGAUCCUAGGUGUUGUACUCCUACUUGUUGGACUAAACUGGGUGAGCGACGAAUCCUAGGGCCAAAGCUAAUUGCUGAUACAGAAGACAAGGUGAAGUUGAUUCGAGAUCGGUUGAAAGAAGGGUUUGAUAGGCAGAAGUCCUAUGCAGACUUAAAGCGACCGAUUGCUUAUCAACUUGAGUUGCCUCUAGAGCUGGAAAGAAUUCACGACGUGUUUCACAUUUCAAUGCUUAGGCGGUACCGCUCUGAUCCCUCACACGUCGUGCCAGUUGAGGAAAUUGAAGUUAGGCCUGAUCUAACCAUCAAGGAGGAACCAGUGCAGAUAUUAGAGUGUGACGUUAAAGUGCUAAGGAAGAAAUCAGUUCCUCUAGUCAAAGUACUUUGGCGUAAUCAUAGAGUAGAAAAAGCCAUGUGGGAACUGGAAGAGGCAAUGCAACAUCAAUACCCUCACCUAUUCUGA